AACCAAGCUCGGUUACUACUGACGCGAUAUGGCUGCAACUUACGAAGCGCUCACAGUUCAGAAGUUAAAGCAGGAGCUGAUCAGAAGACAGGCAGCAACCACUGGCAGAAAGACUGAUCUUGUCGAAAGACUGAAGGCAUAUGAUCGGAAUGAUGAUUUCCGUGGCACUGUCAUCCAUCUUCCUGAGCCACUUGAUGCAAGGUGGCCAUCAUCAGGAUUUAGGCAGCUUCUCCCUAAGCAUCAAAGCAUCCUACCUCCAAUCUCCAAGGAGCUGACAGAGGGAUCCUUUGUUUUCCGCAUGGCUGAAGAUAAUCAGGCUGUCAGUGACUUAAAGUCUAUGGAGAAGGGGGCAAGGAUGUUCUCAGCCAACAGGGUCCUCGCUUGCAGCGUGUAUUUUGAGGGAUCAUCCACUUACUUCAGUGGAAUUGUUGGCGCUUCUAUGAAGAAUAAGGUCAGCUACAACUAUAAAAUAAAGGUGGACAAGACAGGUGCUCCCGUUAUCUCCACACAGGGAAGGGUCCCCAUGCUACUUGCAAGCACAUAG